AUGGAAGGAAUGACACGGGACCUUCUCCUGCUGGCCAGGCUGCCUGCCUUGGAAGCCAAUGACAUCAUUGAUAAAGAUAGUCCUUUUUACUACAACUGGGAAGGCCUCCAACUUGUGUAUUGCAGGGAUCAUUUUUUUUCUUUGAGUAGCAUAUUUAAAUGCAAGUCCAGUGAAAACCACAGCCCAUUACCUGAGAAAACCACUCCACUCAUCACUCCAGGCUCUGCUACUAACUGA